GAGCUUUGGGUCAAAAUCAUUGAAACAUAGAGGAGGUACGAUACUUGAACAAAAAAGAAAGAAAUUUGGAUACUUUAAUAAAAAAAUACCCCUAAUUGGAAUAGCUUGGCUUUAGGUGAAAAAUACAGAAAUUCUUUCCUCUCUGCUUUAGUUUGUUGACCAUAAUGACUUAAUACUCCCAGUUUCUAUGUUUUCCCUCUCGCCAUUGGCCAUUUUGCUCUGCAGAUCUUUACUUUUCUUUCUUAGCAUCUAAGCUGCAUCUCGAUGCCAAAACCAAGAUCAACGUCAAAGGCAGGGUUCCCUUGGCUCUCUGUGUGCUGGAACUCCAUCUAAAGAAGAGAAAGAGAUUCAAUGGGUCAAAUAAUAUCUUUCAUUCGAAAAUGUUUGUUGGGUCUAUUUUUCAAAUCCAUUGGAAGAUGUUGGAGUCGUCAAAGCGAGGAGAUAUCAGAUGAUUUAGAGGACCCAAACGAAGAGUAUUCUUUGUAUACUUCCAGUGACAGUGACAGUGACAGUGACAGUGACAAAGGUUCUAGCUUUAGAUUCCAUCAAAACGUGGGCAGUAUUUGCAUUGAUCUUGUGGAAGAGAACAAGCAUGAUUCUAUUCCUGCAGCAUGUGUUUUGAACGUGGAGAAUUUGGAAGAAAGACAAUUAGUUCGAGCCCCCGAAAGAUGGAUACGCCAUUAUUGCAGUUCUCAAAGGAUGUUGCUGGUGGGCGAAGGCGAUUUUUCUUUCUCUGCUUGUUUGGCUCGUUGUUUUGGUUCUGCAACAAACGUGGUAGCCACUUCUCUCGACUCUAGAGAAUUCUUGUUCAGAAAUUAUAAGAAGGCAAAGGCAAAUAUCCAUGAACUAAGGACCAGAGGGUGCAUGGUUUUGCACGGUGUAGACGCAACCGAAAUGGCGAACCAUUGCUACCUUGGAGCCAUUAAAUUCGAUCGAAUCAUUUACAACUUCCCUCACGCUGGUUUUUGUUCAGACGAACCAGUCGAAUCCCAGAAACGUCGGCAUCAGUUGCUGAUGAACUGUUUUUUCAAGAACGCCAAGGAGAUGAUUAACGAGAGUGGCGAAAUCCAUGUGACCCACAAAUCAAAUGGGUUCUUUCUGGACUGGAAUUUGCGAGGGCUGGCGGCCGCCGUGGGGCUGAGGCUUAUACAAGAGGUGCCAUUCAAUUUGACCGAUUUCCCAGGGUACCGCACCAAGUAUGGAUUCGGUGGUGACAAAAAUUUCUACUGUCAUCCUAGCAAAACUUAUAUAUUUGGUUUAUUUCCAUCUAUAUCGCCAUGAAAGU